AUGGCCCUGACAGUUAAAAACAAGAUUGGAUUUAUAGAUGGCUUAAUGAAGGAGCCUGAUGAGAAGAAACCAGAUGAGCAUCAACAAUGGAAUCGGUGUAAUAGUUUGGUUAAAACUUGGCUGCUGGAAUCUAUGUCCGAAGAUAUUGCAACCAGUGUCAUCAAUUGCAAGGAUGCCAGACAAAUAUGGCUUGAUUUACAAGAAAGAUUCUCACAUGUGAAUGUGGUUCAGUUAUUUAAUAUUGAGAAUGAAAUUCACAACUAUUUGCAAGGCAACAUGUCUGUGAGAUCCUACUUCACAAAACUGAAAGGUUUAUGGGAUGAGCGUGAUGCACUCUGCACCUUUCCAAUAUGCACUUGUGGAUCAGUCAAGAAAGUGGCUGCAUACCUGGACACACAGAAAACCAUGAAAUUUCUCAUGGGUCUUAGUGAUUUGUAUGUGGGUGUUCGUAGCAACACUCUUUUGCAGGAUCCAUUACCAACAAUAAACAAGGCAUAUUCACUAGUUCUUCAUCAUGAAAAACAAUCAGAAGUGACAACUGGGAAAAGUCUUGCUCAACCAGAGGUUGUUGCCUUUGUCGUAAAGAAUUCAAGCCAUGAAACUGAAACUGAACAGAGAUGCUCCAGAUGCAACAGAACAAAUCACAACACCAAGGAUUGUCGCACACAUCUCAGAUGCACUUUCUGCCGCUGGAAGGGACAUACGGCUGAAUAUUGUCACAAGAAGAAAGCAGUAACUGAAGCUGAGUUUAAUAUGGCAAUUUCCAAGGGAAAUCAAGUUGCAUCCCAUGAGAAUAAAAGGAAGGAGAUGAACUUUCCUUUCACACCUGACAAGUGCAAAUAG